AUGAUGAUGAUGAAUGAGAAGGUUGUCCAAAACGUUGACGUCUCGGGUAAUCGUGCGGUCUUCUGCAAAUCCGACCUGGUUUGGGCGUUGGUAAGUCCGUCUGGUGAUUUCCUGGUGGAACUGCCUUGCGGGCAUACCGAUAUCCGACUCGACAUGCGGAUUAUUAGCAAAGAAAGCCGGAUGAUGGCAAGGCAUACGGAAGUAAGAGCAAUUGACGAAUGCAAUCACCGAAGUGAUCGCGAAGACAGUUAG